AUGUUUACAGAACACGCCACUUGUACUAAUUCGGCUCUCUUUAAGACGCGAGAAAAUACUCGGCUUAAUGGUCAUGUCGUUAAACAGUUUCAAUCUCCCAGUUUUAUGUCAUGCAAUCACUGGUGCCUCAGGAACUCCUGGUGUACUUCAACGAACUUCAGAGAGCUAUCCGAGGUGAACAAGAAAGGAAUUUGUGAACUAAACAAACAUGGAUACGUCGAUCAGAAUACAAACCUUGAUGAUGAAAAAGGGGUGACAUUCUCUUUGCUUGUGAAGGUACAUAGGUCUUUAAUAUCUGUCGCUCGUAAAAGUUCAGUUCUUUACAAGUCAAGCCUAAAAAACGGGAAGGAAAUAUGAACCCAUCUUUUGUGCAAAUUUUCUCUCCCCCCCCUUCCCCCCACCACCCUCCCAUGUCCGAGCUUCCACCAUAUUUUAUAAUAUAUCAGAACAUUUUGCCUUUGAUAAAGCCAUAUGCUUGAGUAUUCCGAUACAUUUUCAUUUUUAGCUGCCUCAGAAUGCAAUCAGUACAAGAUUCUGAAUGACUCCGAUCGACACAACGAUUUUGGUCGCGGUGACCGCAAAUGUGAUAAAAAUUUGACAGAAGACUGGUACAGAUUCUCGGCGGGGGCUGGAACAAGCAUAGCUACACAAUGCAUUCCAGGUGCCCUAAGUUGUGGAACGGACUUGCCGGGUUGGAUGGACGGAGCACACCCAACAGUUGAUGAAGGAGUCGUUUCUGGAAAAGUUUGUUUUAGUGGAUUUGGUAAAUGUUGUUACCACAACAUUAUGAUCAACGUACGGAAUUGCAGCUCUUUCUUUGUAUACAGAUUGAAACCAGUUUCAAUUUGUCCUAGCCGGUACUGUGGAAAAAGUUAGGUUAUAAUCCAUCGAUUAAAUGACAUUUAAUCAAUGGAUAUAAAAUCCUCACUUAUUGUUGGCUACCUUAGACGACUAUCUUAGACUUUAAACUGCUGCAGGUUAAAAUUCCAAGGCCCCAACUCAUUCCUGAAAAAAAAGCUGGAUAGAACGGUUCACGCUUGAUAAUUUGAAUCAGGGCUGUAUUUUCUCUCUUCUCUUCCUAUUUCUUUAUUCUUAGCCCAGAAUAUUCAAUGGAAUGAACCUCACGCAAAACUGCACUCUCGUGCGUGAUAAGUAGAAAUAAGUGCGUGCGAAUGCGUGAUGGCUGGCGAUCGAUGGGGGCUCGCGGUUUCGACUUGACGCAAAAAUUUAUAAAACUAGAUAGGGCAACAGGAAACUCCUCUGACGGUAUUUAAUUAUUGAACAGCUUUUUAUAUUUAGCAUAUUUUUGAGGGCUUGAUCAAGGCUUUGCAUAAUAAAAAGAGUAAAUAUCAUGAGAAAUGUCAUUCUUUCGGCAUGUAUUAUAUUUGUUCCAGUUACUUCAGUUUACAGUUGACCCAAUCGGUAAAUCAUGUAUCAUGAUACAAUUUUCAUAAUAGAAAUAAGUGCGUGCGAAUGCGUGAUGGCUGGCGAUCGACCUGACCAUAGAUAAAUGAAACUAUAGGUAGGGCAGCAGGAAACUCCUCUGACGGUAGUUAAUUAUUUAUAUUGAAAACGGUUUAUACCUGGCACAUUUAGAGGACUUGAUCAAGGCUUUGCAUGAUAGAAAGGGUAAUUAAUCUUCAUGAGGAAUGUUAGUCUUUCAGGAUGUAUUGAACUCACUUUAAUAAGUUAAUUUUAAGUUGACCCAAAGUGAUGAUUUAGUUAGGGUAGAAUUCUGUAAAGUGUGUGAAAUAAAUUUCAUCUUUCUUCACUUGGCGCCCUCUUCGACUUGUCCUUUCUACACCGAAUGCUUAUCAAAAAAAAUGUCUGUGACCCUUUUAAGUCGAUUUGACCAAAAUUUACAGAGAGUGUAUUACGCCUGCUUUGAGGACACGUGAUAUUUCUAUUCCAAUUUCUUGUUAAAUGCAAAAAAUUGCCAAGAGUUUGAAAUCGGCUUAUGCAUGGAGCAGGAGUAGGAUUGUUGUGAAGCUACACUUCCAAUUAUUCAAUAACGUUGACAUAUUUUCUCAAUGGGUGGCUAUUUCACAAGAAGACAUGAGUAAACGAAAGCGUUUAACGGGUGGCAUGCAAAGAGCUGGCUGUCGAACUGUGGUUUUCUACCAGCAAAACAAAGGGUCAGUUUGAUUAAAUUUGCUAAACUGAAGUAAGCCACAGAAGAAAAAUAAUGACUAUUAUGAUAUGGCCCUUGGGGAAUUGCUCUGACUCACAAUCCCAUUGAAAACCAUAAUAAAGCUGACAUAUGUGGGGCCGAAUGGGUUGACUUUAGGUAGAGAUGAGUUGCGUUCUUCAAUAAAUCAUGAGUUUUAUGUUGUGACCCAAAAAAAUAAUCAUAAAGUUAUAUUUGACAUGUGGUUUGAGUUUGUUGUUGGUUCUUGUCGUUGCUCCGAGAGUUUUUCUCCGGGUCCUCCGGUUUUCCUCCCUCUACAAGAACAAACAGUCUUAAUUUCAAUGGAAACAGUGGAAAGAAGAGCCACCUCGUGGAAUGUCUACUGCUAAAAUGGCUUUUAUUGAUACCACUGAGCUCCAACAGCCUAAAAGCAUAAUGGAUAAUACGUUGGUACAUUCGCAGACGUUUGACCUCUGUGUUUAUCAAUAUCCUUAGUUGUCGUAAACGCUCUGAAAACCUUAAGUUCCCGCUUGGCUGCGAGCCGAGGUCAUGAUCCGAUGGUGGGGGUUGUUUAAUUAAUGUUUGGAAAAAUAGAAUUGAAGUAAUUUAUGUUGCUGUGAAUUAUGGCUUAGCUGCAGUGAAUAUCGUACAUAGUAUGCAUUUGUUUGAUUGAAAAACCAACACAAAUCAAAACAGAGGUUUUUAUAAACACAAACAGAAUUUGAAUUGAACAUCGAGCAAAAAAUUUUACGGUGUAACCAUUUGCGUAGCAUCCUUAAAGGAAUAUUAUCCUAACGCGUUUUAUGUGAUAGUUUUCUUUUUCUCAAGGGAAGGGUAUAAGGGGACCUAUUAUUGAAGAUUGAUAGAAACUUAAAGCCUUAGAAAGAAGUAGAGGGGAGGGGUGGAGGGAGAGAACCUUGGUGUUGUUGACGCAUUUUCUCUUCUCGUAAGUUCGUUAUCGGAGGGGGGCUGAUUAGAGAGGGAAGUUAUCUUAAAUAACGAAAAAGAAAAACCAGCUGGGGGUAUUAGAGCCGAUUUGAAAAAAUGACUGAGAUAAAAAUCCACAAUUCCCCCAUUCGCUCUGACGAGGGGCUAACGAAGGGCUAAACUCUCUACGGUGGCCAAAUUACGCUAUUAACUCAGUUGAUAUUGCAAAAUUACCCUGUAUUGAGACUUUGAAAAAUGACUGCUUAAUACGACACCACCAAAUGCAGGUUCGACUAUUAUUUCACUCACCAUUUUCGCCGAGCAGAGGUGAUUGUUGUCUUUUAUCCUUUUCGUUUAGAAUAGAUUAACCUCCAAAAGUUAUUUUGUGGCUUUAAUAGAAUUUUCUCUUCAUUUUGUGACAUUUGUGAUAACAAUGUCGUAAGCUGUCAUUCAAUUGCGAAACUCCCACCAGGAAAACAAACAUCGAUUAACGUUAAUAAACACUGAAAACGUGACAUCAUUACUAUUUUCAUCACGGAAUAUCCUCAGUGAUUGCAAAGGGACUUAUAUUGGAGAGGCAAACUGUUCUGCUCGUAUUUUGUCAAGAAAGAAUUCAAACCAAUGAGGAACUGUGUAAAACAGUUUUAUUGUUGAUACUUGGAGUGAUAUCUUUCCUUAUGGUGGAACAACUGAUCAACAUUUUUUUUUUAUUCACGAUUGCAGUUUAUGUGGUUCUUUCGGAAGGUGAGUUUAAAAAUAGUUUGUAUCAGCGAAAUGCUUCACUAAGUUAAAGAUUUGUUCUGUACGUUUCGUUCUGUUUUCAUAAAGAAAAAUUUCAAUGAUCAAUGCGUUAUUCUUCGUUCCUCCUUUGCCGAGUGACCAAACGAUAAAUCCUUUUUGCAAUUAUUGAGAAAAUUAUACAAUUGUGUCGGGUAUGGUGUUCGUGCUUACCCCUGCGUCUGUUAAAAAUACACACGAAAAAGCGAGUUAGUAAACACCUCCCUGCCUCUUUGGAGAGCUACCAUCUUCUUCCGUAAAUAAUGCGGAAAUGAUUUGUCGUUUGUCGAGUAGCUGAAGCAGAAUUUACAUUUCAUCUGUUCUUAUGAAGGAUGGUUGGUUUGUCAUGACGCUUUAAAUUUGAAAUCGUGUGAAUUGUUGACAUAAAUUAUGUGAUAAGAAAUUAAGGCUUUAAAAAAGGAAGUUUUUUCCCCCAAUUCGAAUUUCCACCAUUAAAAGUAUGGAUAUAAUUUGUCUUAUUGAUAAUCGUGGUUAGAUUAGCGGGUCGGGCCUGCUUAAUUAUUUUAGCUCAUUCAUUGAUGAACGUCACUCUCAUGAUAAUUUUGGUCCUUUCAAAUGUCAAUAAGUCGAAUUCCAGUUUUCAUCAGGAAAACAGUUUCUCAAAAUUAAAAAAACCCUGAUGGCUUUCGGAGAUAAUUUUCUUAAGUGUGGUGUCUGCCUUCAGUGCGUAUCCCAGCCAAUGUGUUUUCUCAGUCCGUUUUUUCUUCCAAACUUUUGAAAUAACAUCCUGUUAUAAUUUAUAACAAGAAGAAACAACCUACCGUUAAAUAAUUGAUAGCGAGAUCUUAUCGAAGUCUUAUUUUCAAAACAUACUUUUUAUUGCAGAUGAUUGCCGAAUACUGCAGUUUUUGGAAGCUAAAGAUGGCUCAGCGCUGGAAAAACACAUCAUAAGAACAAUUGCCUUAAACUCUGAGCAUUCGUGCAGAGUUCAGUGUUAUCUGGAGAACGCAUGCGUAUCGUACAACUUUGGAAAGAGAGUAGCAGGAGAUGAAGUCUGUGAAUUAAACAAUUCGACAGACAUACAACAUCCGGAUGAUUUAAAGCCGAGAGUGAAUUUCAUUUAUUGUGGAGCUGAGGUAUAUAAAAGUUUCCUAUAAUUUUACAAUUUUUGCAUCUAGAAAAGGAUCUCUAUAGGGAUAACCGUUAGCCGUAAAGCGGCCAAAAAGUUUAGCCUUAAAAAUAGGCGUAAAUAUUGACAAAUUCUAAUCGCUAAUCGUAAAGAAACUUUAACUGUUGAAAUAAUUGUGUUAUUACACAUUUUUUUAAACAAUCUGAAAAAGAAAACUCUUCUCUCUGGGUUUGUCAUAAAUGUGAGAACACAACGCGGACGACGGGCUUAGAAGCAAGGCAGACUUUGAAAUCGACAUGAUAAUGUCAACUUCAUUCGCCAUUGUAAAUUGAAUGUAUGCUGUCGUCCAAUCAGAGUUUUUAUAAUAAGUUUACUGUAUAAUAAUGGAAGUUAUUAACCGUUAGCGGUAAAAUGGCCAAAAUUUCUAUCGUUAGCCAUAAAUACCACCACCCCAUUGGGACCCUCUCAUAGAAAAAUCACAGAAGCCCCCCUCUAUGAAGGUUUGUCGCUUUAUUCAAAGAACAUUUUCAGGGUUAGAAUUGAUGUCACUUCAGCACAAGUUUCCCUUCAAUGAAAGAAACAGAUACAAAGUCUUAGCAGCCGGACCAUAUAUAAUUUUAUAAAGGGACUAAAUGAUGUCUCAUUAGAGAGGUUCAAUAUUGUAGUUCCUCGUUGAUGCGGACACUGCAAUCAGCACAUGUCGGAUGAUUCACGCCCUGGCUCAAUUAUGUUUUCAUGUUCUUGGGCAAGACACAUUACUAUUACCAUGUCUCUCUCCACCCAGGAACAUGAAUGAUUAAAACCUAUCAGAUCAGCAUAUUUCGAUGAAGAGCUGCAGUUCUUCAUGUCGCUUCAUUCAAGGGAAACUGAGAAAAGCUAUGGCAAUUAUGAGCUAAAGCUCACAAACCUUAACCUCUUAUCAUUCCAGAAAGAAUUACGUUCAUAGAUUCUUUUCGUACUUUACUCAGAUUACUCAGUCUGAUUUGAAUUUUUCUUUUUCCAUUUAUCAUUUCCCAGAACUCAUGUGGAACCACGCCUUGUAUGAAUGGUGGGACAUGUCAAUCCGGGUUUUUACCACACGGAUACCGCUGCCUUUGUGCUGCAGGCUUUACUGGGUUAAAAUGCGAAACAAGUAAGAUAUUUGAAAGGAACUGGAUAACGCCAUCUGAAAUCCAAGUUAUCCUCUUCAGCCCAUGACUAUUUUAGCUCAUUUUAGAUCAGUCUUUCAAAACGUCUAACAAAACUAAGAAUUUGUCACUUGUACCUCAAGAGCUCAAGGAAGUAAGAGAGAGCAGGAAUAGUUCCUAAUUCCAUAGUCAGCUGCGACACUACAAAAAACAAUAACUGCAAAAAAAAAAAAAACCAAAAAAGAACAUAAUCUCCUGGCAAAUUUUGACUAGACCCGUUUCUGAAGUCACUGGGGGUAUCUUGCAAUAAAUAAUCCCAUAUAACGAGUUUUUCUUGUUCUUAAAAGUCCUUGAACCCUCUCAGGUCCCUUGUCUUGCGAGUAAUUGAACAUUUCAUGUAGUGUUUAUUCCCCAACAAAAUAUUGGAGCGACGCGUAAGGUAGCGAAUCAUGCUUAGCUAAGCCAAUCACAAUUGGAAUUGCAGAUAUAGACGAUUGCAGCGCUAAUCCGUGUCACAAUGGAGGAUCAUGCCGAGAUCUUGUCAAUGGGUUCAAGUGUGACUGCCCUGAGGGGUACCUUGGAACUCUGUGUGAUACAGGUUGGUGAUUCUUAGGUUUUUUCUUUAAGAGCGAACGGAAUAUUUCGAAAUAGGUCUUCAUGUUCGCACGUAAAAGGUUUAGCAGCAGGGUAUCUUUUGUACUUAUUUGGACCCUUAACUUGGAUGAGCGGCCAAAAAUAAAACUUUCGGAAACGUUAAGUGUCCUUUCCACCAUUUUUAGCGCAUGCUCUAUGUUACACGUGGGAUCGAGGGUAAAUAGUGUCAGUAUUGUCUGAAUGUAUAUUCAAUUAAAAAAGUAGAAUAACUCCUUUAACUUUUUAUAAAUACACCUUAUUCAGUGGUUUAACUUAAAGUACGCGCGGAUGUUUUGAGAGUUGAGUAGUAUUUUAUGUAAAAGUUGUGUAGAAAAAUACGAGCAAAAUGUCCUCUCGUGUUAUAUGUUAAACCAUCGAAUUAGGAAUAUAUGACUCCACUAUUAUUUCACUUUUUAAUAUUUUGAUUUGAGUUUGCGAAAUACAUCCUACGGCCCUCUCUGUGUAUCGUAUCGAUCGCAGAAGGAGUACACGAAAUACGAAACAACACGGACAAAACCAUUAAAGUGUUCUAUGUGACCAACUAAAAGAUCUGUCGCGCGUACAAGUUCGUUUCUUCACAAGUCAAGCCUAACAAACGCAGAAAAGAAAAAUAAAAGUUUGUUGCUCUGUAAUUUUGCCCUGUUCUACGAUGUAAUACCGUCUAUAAACGUGGCAUACUUUGCGCGCGUCCUCAUGAAUUUAUCUGAUAAAUUGAAGCAGUAAUGGAAUAACAGAUAUAUUGUUGUCUUUAUCGUUGUUGUCCUCUGGCACAAUUAUUCCCCAGUGCCGUCUACGAGGCAGUUGUUUAAAACGUUACUUUCCUGAUAUCAUCAGGUGCAUGACUGUUUCGAAGGACCUUAAAUGUUCAAGUAUCUCAAAACGUCAUCAGUUCUAGGUUUUGAGCGACACUGAAUCUGAAGGAAAUAUAGACCCAUCUUUUUUUACAAAUUCUCCCCAUCCCCACCCCCCAAAAAAUUGUUUUGGUGCCCAUGUCCUCGCUUUCGCCAUCUUUUAUGAGAUAUCAGAACAUUUCGCUUUUCAUAAAGCCAAAUGCUUGAGUAUUCCAAUACAUUUUCAUUUUUAGCUACCUCAGAAUGCAAACAGUACAAGUUUCUGAAUGACUCCGAUCGACACAGCGAUUUUGGUCGCGGCGACCGAAAAAGUGAUAAAAAUUUGACAGAAGACUGGUACAGAUUCUCGGCGGGGGCUGGAACGAGUAUACCUACUCACUGCCUACCGCACCAUAGAUGUGGAACGGACAUGCAUGGGUGGAUGGACGGAGCACACCCAACAGUUGACGAAGGAGUCGUUUCCAGAAAAGUUUGUUUUAAUGGCUAUGAUAACUGUUGUCACCACCACAUUAUGAUCAACGUACGGAAUUGCAGCUCUUUCUUUGUAUACAGACUGAAACCGGUCCAAGAUUGCGCCAGCCGGUACUGUGGAAAAAGUUAGAGGCUGAAACUCAAAUCUUGUUUUUAAGGAUACUGUAUAUCAUUAUACCUUGAUCUUUAGCCGUUUGUUUAACGUGCCGUUGAACUAAUUCAGAUACCACGAACACGUCAAGAAUGAAACUUAACUUUAAAAGAGUUCGUCCUUUUUUAAGAAUUUUCAUUAGAAUAUUAAGGAGGCCUGAUCAAGACUUUGCAGAAUUAUAAGCGUAAAAUUUAUGAGAAGUGCUAUUCUCUCAGCAGGUAUUAUAGAUGCUUACUUUAGUUCCUUCAGUUAGCAACUACUCCAAUCAGUAUAUGA